GUUACGUGGACAUGUACGUGUCCCCCUACCCAGCCCGGGUGUACCAGCAGGCACCGGCAGACCUCGCGGUGGCCAGGGUCAGGGCCUCGGAUAACGAAACAGGUCAGCCCGUUACGUCAUUCCGCUUGGAGAGCAGAAACGACGCAAGGUACUUCAAAGUAGGGAGUGACGGAGUCAUCAGAACGAAAACCACGAUCAGCUUCAAAGUCGGAAGGAUUUUCCAGUUCUUCGUUUUUGCUUAUGGUACUAACCAGACCUGUGAAGAUGAGAACUGCGACGUGAAAGCCAGCAAUGAUUCGGAAGACUUCAAGUACAUAUCUCUGGAAAGCGACGGCGUGUUACGCCUAUCACAACCGGUACCAGAUGAAAUUGACACUUUGAACGUCAAACUACUCGCAGUGGACACAGGCUCGCCCCAGCGGAGCGGUACCACUGACGUCAUCGUCGACGUCAUCCUUGUCAAACAGCCAGAGACAUUCUGCUUUUCCACGACCGCCACCACCACAACCCUGUGCUGGAAGAACCCGAUGCCAGAGCGGGCCUUUGACGGCUACACUGUCACUGUCACCGGGGACUCGCGCAGGGGAGAUUUUCUACCCUACAUAGAUGGGCACGAGGAGUACUGCUACCCCCUGAAUGGCACAAAGGUCGGAGAACAGUACAUCUUCCGGGUCAGCGUGCAAUCUGAUGACCUGUGGUAUGGAGAGGAGUUUGACAUCGUGUUCAACAAAAGUGGCAUAG